AGUGAUCAGUGACUGUCUGUUCUCUCAGCAGUUCGGGUGUUGUGGUCAGCUGAGAGCUGAGUGGUUAGUAGAUAGUAGAGUGGCCUCUCUGUGGUGAUUGUGGUGCGGAUUAAGCCGAGUGCGCUUAUCUCUCUUAUCAAAGGCGCGUAGUUUAUUCACGCAUCUAGUCCUGGACAUCCUCACCUACUAGUCAACCGCACAAUGCAUUCGGAGCGGCUGGUCGUGCGGGCGAUCCUUUUGAUGACAGUGCUAAGCGUGAGCAGUGCUAAGAUCGGAGGCUGGGACACUUCGCCCAACACCCAGUACCACAUACAAACAGACGAAGGUCCGGAGCGAUACUUCAAGUAUCAGACGAUAAGUGGUCAAUACAGGAAGGAGAAACGACUGCAGGAUGGAACAGUGGUGGGGACGUAUGGCUGGGUGGAUCCCAACGGAUUCCUACGCCUAAGGGACUACAUAGCCGACGACAAGGGCUACCGGAUAGUGCGCACCAAGAUGGUGCAUGUCGGCCUAGAUGCACCAAUCGGCAACGCUGUCAAUGCUGCCAAAAAUGUGCCAAGCCAGGGUGGAGUGGGAGUAGAGAACGCGAAAAUCUACACCCGUCCAACGGUGGCAGCUCAACCCGUUUCUCCCGUUGUGGUCUCCACGACACCGCGGCCGAUCGCUCUCAGGGAGUACCUCCAGUCCGUCACACCGGCACCUGCGCCCUCACCGCCCCCCGCGCCUAUAUCGCUCAGCAAUUACCUCAAGGAGCAACAGGUGGAAGUGAGUCCAAACGCCUACACGCCAACCACACCGGGGCCGGACUACAUCCGUCCGCAGACGUUCCGGCCACACUACAGCUACACUACACCCCCCACUGCCAACUCGAUAGACGGCGACGACCGUCGCUACCCCUACGAUGGCAUUGCCUUCACCAACAAUGGCUUCCGCUACUAUCUGCCGCGACACUAUCACGAGGAGGAGGGCCUCGGCGACAAGCGGGCGGGUAGCUUCGGAUACAUCGACCCGUUCGGCAUCCGGAGGGUGGUCUACUACAACACGGCGCCCAACACUGGCUUUGUGCACCGCAAGAACAACCGAUAUGUCGGAUUCAACGCCACGCCCUACGAUCCUAGGUUUUGAGCGCAUCGUCUACCGAUUGAAGGACACUGUUUUGUCAAACCAAAUCUAAUGCCGCAUCUACAUGUUGGCCCAACGAAGGAUAUGGUUUAAACUUGCACAGUACAAGUGCUCCUUAAUUGCAGAUUUAUAUUAUUGAUCCUGUUGGUGCAGCCCGGCUUCAGUGUUUUACUGAGAAAACUAUUUAUCAGAGUUAUUCAAAAUGAUGGACCAUUUUCAAUUUUUAUGAAACGUUUGCCAUGCAUAAGCACAUAAGAGAUUCGUAAUUUAUUUAGGAAGCUGUGAAACUUUCUCUUUGUGGGUUUUUCAUUCGCGUUUUUCAUUUUGUACCUACCUUGUACUUUUUGAAAUGAGUCCAUCAUUUUAUCAAUAAUCCUGUAAAAUGUGAGGGUUCGAGUGUCAAGAACUGGGUACUCAAGAUUGUCCGUGGAUUGGUGACCGGCAGCUGUAACUUUUCGUAAUUUACUUUACAGUAUUAUAUUAGUUAAGGAUGUUCUGGAACAUAAUUAUGAAAAAAGUGUGUCAACCAGGGUCACGUGAUUUGGCUCAAACGACGAAAUUCAAUUGCAAAUUAAAUUCAUUUCGAGAUGUAAGGGUCUGUGAGGCUCGUCCCACUAAUUAAAGCCAUAAUUAUAUACUAUUAUACGGAAUAAUCCAUUUUUUAUUUUAGAAAAAUGCAUUAUCGAAGAGUUCAUUGAACGAACCGAUUAAACGAACGAAAGACCGCUUAAUAAUUUAAAACGGUGAAUAAUUAAGGGAUUUUAACAAGAUUCUAAAUAGAAUCGAUUCACUCUAUUUAUUUCCUAGAGGCAAUAUCCAUCAUUGGAAAUGGUUGUAAUGGUUGUACAAUAAGGUGAGCUGUGAAAUCUAUUGGAACUUAUGAAUGGGCUAUGAGAAUUUUAAAUUCAAGAAAUUACAAAUGUUUCAUAACUAAUCAGUUACUUAUAUAAAUAUUAGCUUAUACAAUCAACAUUAUUUAUUUUUGGUGCUUUUUUUCCAACAGCUCUAAAGUGGAAAAACCACUCUUCAAACAUAGAAUAUGAAGGGUUAUCACGGUUAUCAAGCAUGGCACCAUAGGAUUAUUAAUUCUGAGAUAUAACGGCAUCUAAUUUAUUUCAACUGCAGUUCUGUAUUGAAAUUCAAAAAAGGCAAUAACCUCAUUAAAUUAUUACAGUAUUACGAUAAUAGAUUUCACGGUUCUUGUACAAACCAGUAGCCGCUAAAGAUAAUAAUUGUAAAUAGUGAUAGUAAUUUAAAUGUAUUAAUUUAUUAAUUACCAUUAACCUUCCUAAAUAUUAUUAAGUAGAGUAAGGAAUUUACUUAUGAAAAAUAUCAUCAGUAUUGAAUCAAUACUUAAAACUUAUCAUAGUGAUUAGGUAGUAAGAGCGAAUAUUAAUUUUAGUCUGGGAAAUAAUGAUGAUCGUAUUAUUUUAAUUAUGAAUGAUAUUUGAAACAACCUAUCUGAUGAAUGAUACGCUACCUAUUUUAUUUAAAGAAAACAAUCCCCAAUAAUUUCAAAGAAGAGAAAAAUUAUUUAUUUUCAAGAGAUUCCAAAAAAUAUUGAAUAAUAGACAACUACUGUUUCCAGCAGUCAUAAUCUGUUCAGUGUGAUAUUUGUUAUUACAUACGGAUAUUUGUAUUCCGAUAACUACUAUAUAAAUAAUAGGACAUUUCCUAGACUUUGUUUUCAUAGAAUGCCUAGGCGGAAGUAUAACCGUGUUUGGAAUAAAUUCCAUUAAUAUAAAGUUAUGUCUAAUAUUUGAAUAACUGUUGAUAAUAUUAUUUAUAGCCUAGGCCUACUUGGUAGAUAAGAUGCUCAUGAGCUUAAUUUAAAAGUGAUGGAAGUGCCAUUUUGAUCUUGUAAAUCAUUUUUCAUUUGAUAAUGCUACAAAAGCAAUUCUAACUACAAAAGCAAUAGUGAACAAGUCAUUAUUUUCUAAAAUUAAUUAACAAAAUUCUAGAGUGAUUUAUUCUUGAGAAAAAUAAAGGCAUGUACAGACAUUAUAGAUGUUUGUAUAGAUUUUGAAAAAUAUACUUCUUGAUAGUGAGUAAGAGAUAUCUAGUUGAUGUUAUCUGUUACAAGAAUAGUUUUCAUAAUCUUUCAAAUUAAAUAUACCACAAAAAUGUUUGAAAGUACAAUAAUAAUUUCAGAAAUCGUAAAUAUUACUAUUCAUUUUUUUCAAAUGCCUAUCAAUUUAGUCAAAUUAGUCAUGAUUUAUAUUACUAUUUAUUGCGGCAAUAAUUGAAAAUAACAGUAACGUUUCAAUACGAGAAUGACGUAUUUUAAAAUAAGUAGUUUACAAGUGAUUUUGUUUCUCUUCAACUAUCGAAUUGUUUUUACAAGAAAAGCAUUCAUACUAAUGAAAACUGGUUUCAAAGUCAACUCAACGGUUGAAUGGUUUACAUUAGAAUAGCAAAUAGAAGACUAGCUGCUCAAAAUGUAGUAAUAUUUGUAGUGAUCAGAAUCAAUAAAUAAUUGUUCUAAGAGUGA